AUGGAUCAGUCAGGUGUGGCAGAUGAUUCUACACUUGGUCAAUUUGUGAAGUCUGUAAAAAAGAGAACAACCAGAGCAGUAUUGAGCUCACAAGCUGCUGAACUCACCCCUGCCCAGGAAGAUCAAGCAGAGCCUUCGACAAGGCAACAACCAGCAGCUGUAAAAAGAAAGAGGGCACCACCACAAAAGCAAGAGAGAGUACGGGACCCUGAUGUGAACUACUUCAGUACACGAAUGGGUCCCAAGCAAAUGUAUGACCUUGUCCAGCGUCUAACACAUGACCAAAAGGAUGCUGUGAUUGAUAUGGGUUUUGGAGGGCUGCUGCACCUACAAUUUUCAAGCAAUUACUCACAACUUGUUGAGUAUCUCCUGCAAAGGUUUGAUGUUUUCAAAUCAGACUUCAUAUUGGAUGGUGACCAUCUACAUGUUGGUGAAGAGGAUGUUGAAUACAUCUUGGGACUCCCCCGGGGGAAGAGAGAUGUUGAGGAAGGUACAAAGAGUGAGGAAAAUUCUACAGCUGCAUAUAAUAAGGUCCUGACUGAGUGGAGGAAAAGAUGGAAUGUCAGGUCAGGGUCACCCAUAACAACAAAGAUGCCUGAUGAAAUAAUCAGGAGAGGUGACCAUGGAGAUGCCUUCAAGAGAGACUUUGUGGUGUUUGCUGUCUCAUCUCUGCUCCGGGGAAAUACAGGAAGAUAUGCCAACUAUCGAGUUAUCAAGUCAUUGCUCAACAUCCGGUCAAUCUCAAGACUUAAUUGGUGCAAGUACACGUACAAUUCUUUAAUUGAUUCGUAUGACAUUUACAAAGACUCUCCUACCAGAUCCUUUGGAGGUCCAAUGGUAUUCAUCCUGCUCUUCUACUUUGACCGAGUACAGUUCAGAGGCAUGACCGUCAACCGCACAUUCCCAGCAAUAAAAGCUUGGACAAAAAGCCUUGUACGCAAGCGAGUAUCGGCUGAGAUAAAAUCAGGGGGUUUUGGUAAGGGCAAAGUUAUCCCUCGAUUUCAGAGACCUACUGCCAUUGCAUCUACAUCAUCACCCCGACCUGCACCUCCUCCUGCUGCAAUACCAAGGCCAGUGUCCAGCCCUGCUGCUACACCAACUAUUCCAGCUCCAUCUGUGCCUCUGACAAAUGUUGACCGAGUAACAAAUGUGCUUCAACGGCUUACAGCAGAUGUCCUUGAGUUCGGUCAGGUCAUGUCUGACAUUGGCAAGCAAGGGGCCCCGGUUGAAAUCAUGAAGAGGGCUUUUUCAAGAAUAUCAACAAUGCUGAGUGCUGCAAGCACAAUUCAACCGACUCCUAGCCCAACUGCCUCGCAAUUGGAUGACAUCUUCUUUGGAAGUGAGAGCUUCACAUCAGCAGUUGAUUCUCUGGUAGCAGCUUUUGAAAAAACAAGAAAGGAAAUGGAAAUAGAAGUCCCAUCAUUUGAGCUACUUGGACGCUCUACACCAACCCCACCACCAUCUCAACAGCAGCCUUUGGACACCUUGGUGGAUAACAUUGUGAGGAGUGCAGGAGUAUCAACAGAGAAGGAAGCAACUCCAUUGCUAAUCAGAGUGCCAUUCGAAAAGUCCACCACUCCUACUACCCCUGCUGCCCAAACUGCUGCUGAGAUUGAUGAAUUUGAUAAGGCUAUGGAUGAAAGUGAAUCUGAUGUUGAGGAUGUUACUGUGAGAAAGAGACCUGUGCGCAAAUUCAGGAACAUCCCGCUUCAUUUGAGGUCACCAUAUUGGAAUAAGAACAAAGGCUCCAUCAAUAAUGCAACUCCCAAAGAAAAGGUUUUUUCAAACUACGCAUUUUUGGAAGCCUCAAGUGAGCACCCGGGAGGAGAGACAUUGUUCAAAUAUGGUGAUUACUACUUCACAAGGGAUGAUUUUGCAACUAUGUGCAACGGUGAGCUACUGAGCAGCUUCCUAGAUGUCUGGUCCCUACGUUUUACAUUGCUGAACAUGCCCCGUGCGGUUGGGGAGACAAAGCGGGUCUACUUCUCCACCCUAGUACAUCUUCAAAUUGAUCCCAAUGAUCAGUGGAUGAAGGAUCUCCCAACUCACAUAAAAAUGAAGAAUUUCAAUGAGAGAUUGAGCUAUGAAAUAACCAGCUUCGGGAACCUAGACAUCAGUGAUGCAGAUCUGAUAUUCUUCGCAGUUCAUCGCCAUGGUCACUACUUCUUGGUCUGCUUCAAUGUGAAAGAACAUAAAGUACAGGUCAUUGACAACAAGGAGUUACCAGCUGGUGUUUCGGAGAAGGACAAAUAUGGCAACUGCCCACACUUAUUGAUUGAAGCAUUCAGUGGUUACCUUAAGGCCGAGUGCCACUCCUUGUAUGUGAAAUUGCAAAAAGUUGAUAUAAAGUACCUUAAGUUGGACUGGGCAAACACUGAAAACGUCACUGAUUGCGGGAUCUAUGUACUCCGUCAUAUAGAGACAUUCCGAGGGACUCUACAAGACUGGCAGCCAGGAUUCAAGAAAAAUAUGCGCUUGAAUGCAAGCUUCAUGUGUGAAUUGCGAGCGAAAUAUGCUGCGAACCUCAUAAAGUGGAGAAUGAAUGAAGUCAGGGGGGAGGUUCUGCAAGCGGCCAAAAGAGUUUCGAAGAAGAAUUGA